AUGCACCAGUGCACAAAAGCACUUUAUAAUAUAAUUGGGCCAAUAGCAGUACUUGUUAUAUCAACACUCGGUUUAGUGAUAUACUCAAAGAGUCUUUUUAUGGAAAGGUCGCCAAUACCAGAGAGCAAUGAAAAGAAAGCACCUGCCAUAUACAAAAAAGGAGUUAUUCUAGUCAUGGAUGGAGUAAGAGCAGAUGCAAUUCAUGAAGUAAAAGAAGACAAAAAGACUUUGUAUCAUGAUAAUUUCUCUGUUCUAGAAAGAAUUCCCAAAAAGGAUGUAUUUAAAGCAGUGAGCAUGGCAGAUCUACCAACUGGCACAGCAAUGAGGAUUCUCUCAACAUUUUCGGGAAUACCAACCACUCUUCUUUCUGCACAACGAUCAUUUCACAAACAGAGUAGUGGAGUAGACAAUUUUAUAAGACAGCUGCAAAUGAAUGACAGAUCAUUCUUAUUCUAUGGCGAUGAAACAUGGACAUAUUUAUUCCCAGAAAUUAAAAAGAACAUUGGGGAGAUAUACCAUCCAUAUGGGCUCAUUCCAUUCAGUGAAGAAGAAAGGCUAAUCAAGCAGGCGUUAGAAGCACAUGAGUCAAAAGAUUACGUAAUUAUUCAUUUAAUAUCACCAGAUUCAUAUGGACAUGUAUACGGAACCAACAGCAUACAGGUUAAAACAGCCUUGCAAAUGAUAGACCAAUUUAUUCAUCAGCUAUACAGCAACAUGACUGAUGAGUCAUUCAUUGCAGUGCUUUCAGACCAUGGAGUAAAUAAUGAUGGAUCGCAUGGAGGUACAUCUCUUCCCGAAAAAGCUGCAUCCUUUUUAUUUAUAGCAAAGGACAUAGCGCCCGAAAUAACUACAGAACAGAAGGUAGACAAAAGACAAAUUACACAAGAAAGCAAUACACACAAGAAAUAUAAAGAUGAACUAGGUGAGCUAAAUAUCAUUGAGCCAGUGAAUAUAAUCUCACAAAACGAUAUUUUACCAACGCUAUGUGCUUUUAUGGGCCUUGCAGUUCCAUACAAUUCGUCUGGCAGACUGAUUCCUAUUAUUCCCGAAGAGAGAGAAGACAUUUACUUUUUAGAGCUAGAAAGACAGAAAACUACUCUUUCUCACUUUUAUGGCACAGAAUACCUAAAACUCACUCCCAAGCUAUCAGGCUCUUUACUAAAUGAACACUUUGGUGACGAGAUUCAUAAAAUAUUCCAUAAAUCCUCUAUUUUUGGAAUGGCAGUAGGUGUUUUGUUUCUAUUAGCUGGGAUAAUGAUUCAGUUGGCUCUUGUGCAGCUAAGAGUAUUCAAGCUAUCCUUUGCUCUCUCAGUGUUUUCGAUAUCCAUGGUAGCACAUUCUGUACAUUCGGUUAUUCAUGAAGAUGUGAUCUCUUUAAUAAUGUGCAUGGUUCUCUGCUAUCCAUUCUACUCAAUCUUAUCUCUAAUAGUUCUUCCAGUUGUAAGCUUUGUUGCUGGCGAAUUCCCAUUACACUCCGUAGAUAGGGUGGUAUAUAUUAGAUGGAUUAAAAAGCUUCCCAGCCGAUACCAUAUACCAUCAAUUGAGAAAACUCUUCUUUUCUUCUCAUUCGCAUUCUUUUUAGCACACUGGAUGCGAAUACCAGCUAAGAAAUAUGACUUAAGAAGCACUGGAGUGGUUUUGUUUGCAGUAAGCCAGUUCUUUUCUUUAGGAGUCCCCCACAUGAGUAGAUCCUUCUCGCUGUUUUUCUCUCCUCAAACACUUCCUAUGCUACUUUACACUCCAUUAUCUGCCCUAUCAUUUUUAUAUCUGUUCUGCCCUAUUGUAAAAAAGUGCGUUGAUACACCUAUGCACAGCACACAAAAAGGGGCCUUCCUGUUUUUCUUGAUAAAACUUAUGUUUUUCAUAACAGGGCAUAACCACGCGCUCUCCUCUAUUAACUGGGAGGCAGCCUUCCUUUUCUCCAGAAAGAGUAUUCCUGGGGUUUCUGCAGUUUUUGUUGGUGCAGAUCUUCUUCUUCCAUUUAUAUACAUUGCAUAUACACUUGGAACAUCUCAUCUUGAAACUUUAGCAAUUAUUGUUCUUCUACAAGGAAUAUGCGCAGUAAUUGGAUGGGUAGUCAACUUUUGGUUUUUAGGGCAGUCUCUGAUGUGGUUUAUAUUUACAGGAAGAACCGUCUUUGAGUCAUUCUUUUUUAUUGCAUUCCUUACCGCCCAGCUGGGUCUAUAUGUAGUUGCACUAUUACCAGAUAAAACUGUUGCUUUCUCAAAAGAAAUGAAUGCUUGGAAUCCUCUAAAGAUAAAAGGAAAAAACCACGGAGAAUAAAGUUGUCUCUAUAAAAAG